CUGAGCCCACAGACCACAAACUCGUUUUCAAAGUGUUUCUAAUGUCGGUAUGAACAUGGUGUAAGCCGAUAUCACUGCUUGUGGCACAACACAAUAUUUUUAUCGACAUUGGAAACAUCAAAUUUUGUCAAUUUUUGGGUUUUCGACAGCAGUCAUAUCGGCAAAAAUAUUUAUUUACGCCAAUUUUACUCUUGUUUUAAUUUUGUGCCGAAAACAUUAAAAUUUAGUGGGAAAAAUGGGGCGUCGUUCUAUCAACACCACGAAGAGUGGGAAAUAUAUGAAUCCAACUGAUCAAGCAAGAAAGGAAGCCCGUAAAAAGGAAUUGAAAAAAAAUAAACGCCAGAGGCAAAUGGUUCGUGCUGCUGUACUAAAAAACAAAGAUCCUGGUCAAAUUUUGGAAGAAAUGGAAAAAAUAGAUGAAAUGGAGUACAAUGUCUUACAACCAUCACCGUUAAAUGAAAAAGUCCUUCGCGAUAAAAGGAAAAAGUUGAAGGAGACAUUCGAUCGUGUUAUGCGCCUUUAUCACAACGAUGAACCUGAACAUUGGGCCGAAUUGAAACGAAAAGAGGUCGAAUAUGAAAAGAAACGUCUAAAAAAACAGCAAUAUUAUGAAAGUGUUAAGCAUGCACAAAGUGUACAAAUUGAUGAGAUUCCAUUGCCAUCAUCGAGUCAGGGCCCACCUGCCACCAACUCUACAAGUGCCGUAACAUUUCAUGUUGCGAAUAGGUUGCCUCCCCCGCCAACAGCACUUUCCCUACCGCCAUUCGCCCCUGGGGCACCACCAGGCGCAAUAAAGAAACCAAAUGAAUUAACUACAAAAAUUACUGACAAAUCAAGUGAUGUAAAAAAGAAGGAACUCUUAGGAGUUCCACCUGGACCACCUCCAAAUCUCCUGGAAAUGAAAGAUUUAGACACAGAAGCGGAAGACGACGAAGUGGAAUUAAAGGAAUAUAAUCCAAAAUUAAAAGCUUCCAAAGCAAAAUCACUAAGUAAGCCCAAUUCAUUACAACAACGAAUGUUAGCUAUUUCUGGUCAAAAUAUUGAUGAAUUUAUGAAAGAAAUGGAAAAUGUACAUAAAAAGAAAGAAAAAGAGCGAGAAUCUGCAAUGCGUGGAAGUGAUGUACCUUCGUCAGAUGAGGAGGGCAAAUCUAAACCAUCUCAUAAAUCUGAUGGUGAAGAUGGUACACCUGUAAGUAGCCGCAGUUCAGAUGAUUCAGACAGUGGGGAUGAUAGUGAAAAUCCUGUUCGGUCACCUAAAAGAAUACGAAAGGAAACAAAUAGUCCAAAAGAUGAGUCAACUUCUGCCGUAGGCACUCCUGCGUCCACAUCUGUUCCUGUCACCAUACCUUUGCCGCCUGUGCCACCCCAUGUAGGUCCACACAUUACUAUUCCCGCUCCACCCAUGCCACCAGUGGGUAGUUUAGCGCCUUCAAUGAUCUUGCGGCCCCCGCCUUUACGACCACCGGGAGCGUUACAUAGUUUUGGCAUACGUAUGCCACCAGGUCCACCGCCAGGACCACGGUUGCAUGGAAUGGGUGGCAUGCCACCAAGAAUGGGUAUACGUAUGCCGCCUGGGCCACCGCCUGGUAUGCCUCCACGAAUGGUACAUCAUCAUAAAAAUCAACAACUUAUUCACAAGGAUCAGACUAAAGGUAUAACCACCAUUACAGCAAAACCACAAAUAAGAAAUUUGAGCGCGGAUGUUACCCGAUUCGUUCCAUCUACUUUGCGUGUAAAACGAGAAGAGACGCGGAAACCUGGCACGCGUACGAAGCUGGUCCAAGAGCCAAGUAAUCAUGGUGCGGAAACAAAUAAAGCAGCCACAAAAGAUGAUGCAUAUAUGCAAUUCAUGAAUGAAAUGCAAGGAUUAUUGUAACUCUCAUAUGUAUAGAGUAAAUUAAUCUUUAAGUACUUCUUUUCUUUUUUAUUGUUGUAGGAAUGAUAUGAGUUAUUUAUUGUAGAAAAAUAUGAAAGCACAA